GGACGCCGCUGGCUUUGCGUAGAAAACCAUGGCCGUCGCGAUGCAGACGGAGGAUUUUCCUUAUUUACCUUCGGGGCCGGUGGAGGUAAAUAAGAUGAUAAAGGAGCACGGCGACCUGUUUUCUGACUCCCAGUGUAAAGUCUGCAGCGCUGUCCUCAUUUCAGAGUCUCAGAAGUUGACUCAUUAUCAGAGCAAGAAACAUGCCAACAAAGUGCGGCGUUAUCUUUCCAUCCAGAACGAGAAGGAGCCGGCGCUGAAAAAGUUAAAGUCGUCAUCGUCUGAAAGUGACUGUAACAACGGAGACACCGACCGGUCGAAGGUGUGUCAUGUAUGUAACAUGACCUUCUCCUCUCCCGUGGUGGCCGAGUCGCACUACCAGGGCAAAGUUCACGCCAAGAACCUGAGGCUGAAAACCGUCGGCCCCCAGCCUCCAGCAGUAGCAUCCCAAACACCGCCGACGGUCCAGCCGAAGAAGAAACCUGCAGACGAAUCGAGCGGCUCGCCGGCGACGGGCGGCGACGGCAACAGCAACCCGGACCGCUUCUGCUCCAUCUGCCAGGCCUCCUUCAACAACCCGCUCAUGGCCCAGCAGCACUAUGUAGGCAAGAAGCAUAGGAAACAGAUGACCAAGCAGAAACUGAUGGAGACGUACGGUCCUUCCACUGCACCAGCUUCCACACUAAAGGGCUACCCAUGCACCGUCUGCAGCAUCGAACUGAACUCUGUGGAGCAGUACCAGUCUCAUAUUAGUGGCGCCAAACAUAAGAACCAAGUGAAGAAAUCGGGCCUGAACACUGCAGAGAACCAAGAAGCAGCAGAACAGUCGUUCGAGGGCGACGUCCAGUUUGCAGCCGAAGAUAACGAGUACGCUCCAGAGGACACGGAGUACUCAGAGGAGAACCAGUUCACUUGAGGCUGGGCUGGUACAGACUGCAGAGGAUUCAGUCCGGACUUGGAAUGACCCCAAAUCAACCAGCCCCCUUUAACACAUUAACAUCAACCUCAACCUCCACAGACCUUCAGCUCCCGUCAGAGACUCAUCUCAGUAGGUUUCCCCCCUGGAACAGAGUCACCCGGACCCUGGAAUACCCCAGAGUGGUAUUUUAUCAUUUCCAGUUCCCAACUGAAACGGUUCAAGUUUUCUCCUCUAAAGGCCCAAACGCACUGAACGCAUCUCAUCUGACACGCGUCAAUUGAUGCUCCAAUGGCGACCUGCAGCAUUGAAAUGUCAACACCACAGAACCAAAAGGUUGCUAUUUCGUUUUAACGCAGAUACCCUUUAACACCUUAUCUUUUAAAAUGAUUGCUGUUUGAAUGAAAGUUUAAAUUGAUGAUAGGAAAUUGGCGUCAUGCACGCGCUAUAUGGAAGACGUACCACUCUGUUGUACAGUUACAGAGUGAAGCUCCUCUCGCCUCCUAAACAAAUCUUUGGCAGAGUGCAGACACCCCCCUGCAGAGAGCACACAAACCCGACGUCGUUUUAUUUUGGUCUGUCAUCAAGUUACAAAUGGAAUUUAUGUUAGCGACAGCUGAUGCGACCUACUGCAGACUACGUUUGUCAUUUUAACCAGUGAAAGCAACAGCAGUGUCAUUAUAAUUAAUACGUAAAAAAAUUUUUAUUAAGACGACGUCCUCUGGGGAAAAAUCCAAACAGGUGCUGCAGCUGCUGAACAAGAACAGCUUUAGUCGCUGGUUCCUCAUCUGAUGCGCCAAAAUCGAAACAAAUUAGAGGAUGCACCUCAAUCUGCUUUGACUCAUAAUAAGUUUUUUUUUUACUCGUUUGACCUUUUUAAAACAAUACAUGAACUGCAGAACGUGCAUGUCAGAUGCUUUCGGUGCGUUUGAGCCUCAAUGAAACAAGCUUAUGAUGCGGAUGGUAAAACGUCUUCUGUUACAGACCUGCGUACUGACUGGAACCGACUCUCUCCGUGUCGGUGUACAUUAGGGCUGGGUAUCAUGUGACGUCUGUCUAUACUUAAAACUUGUUGGGUUUUUAAAUCCUAUAUGAGAGCUCAGCCAAAAAUAAAACACUAAUAAACGUGCAAAAUUCAGAUGUAAAUUGAUGAAUAUUGUAAGUGAAGAAAACUACAAAUCUGACGUUGUAUGCCAGCUUUCUGUACUCUGCUUCUGACAGAGGAUCAAACCAAGUAUACAAGUGUGAAACCCAGCCUUAGUGUACUUUCUAGGUGUCCCGAUCAAGUGCUUUGGCCCCUGAGUCCAUUUAAUAUGUGGUAUCUCCAAUACUUGUAUUUAUCCAAAUGUUGAUUAGAUAAGUAUAAUCUGACACAUUAAAAUACCAGCUGUAGACUUAUAACUGUUAUUGUUCACAGGCUACUUGAUCAAAACUAAAGGCCCUGGUUAAAAGCUAUUAUUUUCAUCGACCUAACUUAUGGAUUUAAUUCAAAUGAGAAUGUGACAGCUUGAAAUUGAUUUGGUGUGAUGCGAUCAGCUGUGAUUGUUUAACGAGAAGACGUCUCACUCUGUUGGAGUUGUGUGUGUGUGCAGGCCGAGGUAGACCGAACAGCAGAUUGGCUUGUCAUUGGCCAUCAUUUAAUCGAUCUAUUAGAGUAUAGAUAACGGUUCCUAGGGUCAGCUCGGGGCAUUUGUAUUAUACACAUCAAGGGAAUAACAGGAGAAGAGUUUAAGGUUUGGAGACAGCAGGGUAUUGUAAUCAUCUAGCCCCCCCACUAAUAUCUAACCAAUACUAACAUCUAGUACCAGAUCAAAGCAAACGCUGCUUUCCGCUUCACAUCUCUAGAUCCUCCCCUCACCUGAAUAUAGUUGGUUUGCAUCUCCAGUGAAUGUAUUUAUUGAAACGUCUCCUCUUCCUCUGCUUUCUGCAAGUUUUGAGUAUUUCUGAACCGAUGGCCGAUGCGGUGAAAUCGAACUUUUGCACGGCCAGACGAGUCGCUGCAGCCCGUUGUGAUGUCGCUGUCCAGACAGAUGGAAGGAGAACUUUCUGUCCAGAUACUGGAUAUAGUUUGUGAAAACAGAUGUUGUUAGUUUCAUUUUAUGAGAUGUUUUACAGUUGUUUCUUUUAUCAAUUUUUUUUUUUUUUUUUUUUUUUUUUUUUUUUUUUUAAAUUUAAAGCCAGAAUAUGUCCACAACUUUCCAUGGAAAUGUUACUCGUUCUGUGUAAAUUAUUAAGUACCAGAUUGUGAAUUCACUAAAUUUCCUUUUUAAAUGUUCGAUCUGGACAGAGCCGAUAUUUCCCUUCAGGUGGCCCAGAAUUCCUUAUUUACCUUAUUCUUGUUGGCCGAUUCUUUCUUUUUUUUUUUACUGUGAACAAACAAAAUCAAUUUCAUUAAGAUUGAUUUAAUCGUGCGUUCCUGUAAGACAUUACAUUUACAUAAUGUCUGCAGGUUGCAUAAAAGGAGUAAAUUGUUUUAUCGGAGACCAUUAAUGCUGCUAAAAGGGUUAUUUUGAUCUCAAAGAGCCUAAAUUAGAUCCUCUUCUGCUUGAAACAAACCAGAAUUUGUCAGCAACAACAAGCAUUUCAUAGAGGUUGAUGUCAUUUUAUAAAGUUUAAGGAGUCUGGACAGUGUUGAUAACAAAAAAAAAUGGAGAGCUGAAAGGGAUUAUGAUGAAAAACAUGAAUAUUAUCCUCUCAGAUGCAGCGGAUGUGUAACAGCUGUGAGCUUAAAGUAUAAGCUUUUUUUGUACUGUUGAGUUUUGGUUUACUGAAAGAGUUUUUAAAUACUUUCCUUCUGAGCUCUGGGCUUUGUAAACUCUAGAAGAGACUGAUAGAUGCUUUCUGAGCUCUGUAAUAAUGACUGUCAAUAGCAGAGAUUUUCAACAGUGAUGUCAAAUUAGAAAGUGAUGUCAAUAUUAGAGGUAUUUUUUCUUUUUUAAGUCCAUUUGUCCUCGUACAAGACGAUCGGUUGAAUAUUUCAGUAUUGAAUGUCUUCAAACAUGUUUUUUUUUUCAAAGAGGGCUCAUACAUACUGUAUAGUUCAUGGUGUAUAGAAGACAAAUGGCCUUUUUUUUUUGUUUUCACCCUCAGCCUUUGUGUGUUUGGUGUUUUGUGAUUUAAGAUUUAUUUUCAAUAUAUGUUGUGUAAAACUGAGGGGGGGGGGAAAUGCAGCGAAGAUGUGCAUAAAGUGCAGAAAUGUUUUAAGAGAGUUUGUUUGUUUGCCUUAAACACUAAAGUUUUUUCUCUUUUCUCAGUUUGUACAUCCUCAGUUCCUUUCCUCGCCUCCUCACCUGGCAUCUUAGUCCCACCUACCUACCUAUGAUGCAAACUGAGGAGGCGAGGAAAAGAGACACGAGGCAGGCGAGGCUUUUAACAAAAUAAGACAUCUUUGCUUUGGAGCGUUUAAAAGCGAUGUUAAUUAAACAUGACGUGUAGC